AUGUCUCAGACUGCUAGCGUUCGCGUUGGAGGUGGGGUCUCUGAACCAGCCGUCAUUGGACGUGGAACACGUCAGGGAUGCCUUCUGUCUCCUCUUCUCUUCAAUAUCUAUGCAGAGGCAAUGGUAAGAGAAGCUCUGGCAAUGUUAGAAGAAGGAGUGAUCGUUGGAGGAGUGUUGAUUAGGUCUGUACGGUAUGCUGCUGAUGAGGCCACGCUCGCUGUCACUGACGAUGGUCUUCACAGACAGAUGGUACAGAUGGAUCAAGUGGUCAGGAGCUAUGGCAUGAUAAUCAGCGAGAAGAAAACGAAGUUGAUGAUGAUAAAUGAGUGUGGGUGUUACACUUAUGAAAAAUGUCAAAUACUAAUCAUUGACACAAUCUUUCAAUAUUUCCCGAAAGCUUGCACCGGUGAUAAUUUUGGUGCUAGUUGUGAACUGGAUUGUAACUGUGAUGGUACGUGCGACCGUGUGAAUGGAUGUGGAGGCACAUGUUCAGACAGCUUCGAGGGUAACUUUUGUCAAGCCUUGAGAUCGGACCGCUCUUGUCCAACCGGGUAUUUUGGUACCCUGUGUGGCUAUCCAUGUCAUUGUGCUGGUGGUGUGGACUGCCAACGGACCAAUGGUCAUUGUCCAAAUGGAGUCAUGUGUUCUGAGGGAUGGGCAGGAUCAGACUGUCAACAAGCUCUUCCACGACUGCUUGAAUCACCUUGGGUGUCUGACGUCACCAAAGAUUCGGUCCUGCUCAUUUGGAAUGCCUGGACAGAUGGUUACGACUAUGGCAAUGGCCCUGUACACUCCUAUCAGAUUGACUACACAUGGACGAAAGAUAAAGACAACACUGGUGAAUCCGAAGUACCGUUAAUUAUCACUGGAGAUAGUACUGCUGAAAUCACAGGGCUGUCCGGUUUCAGAUACUACGAUUUCUACGUCAGUGUUAGAAGAGAGGUCGAGGGUCAGGUUGUUGCCGGUAUAAGAAGUGGUCCAAUCAGUGCCAAACCAUACUGUCAGGCUCCUCAACCAGUGGAUAGUGCUGACGUCACUUCUGAUUCAUACAACCACAUGGAGAUCACGUGGUCAGAGCCAUCCAGCCAAUGCGGUGCUCCGAGCUACAACGUAUCACGUAGGCUCCUCCUCAUUGACCAAUGCGACGAUUCUAUGGCGGAUACGGUAACGUGGGAGGUAACGGGCGAUACAAGCAUCGAGUAUGACGACCUGUUGUCUUACUCUGCCUACGAGUUUACAGUUCUGGCGACUCUGGAAGGCUAUGAUGCAGAAACAGUCUAUGUCAUCGCAUACAACUCAACUGAGUCAAUUUCAACUGCGCCACCUGAAUACUUCACAGUGGAUAGCACAGUGAAGGGACAAUUGGAGUAUACCUGGACCAGUCCUCCAUGCGGAGACCGGAACGGAGCCGUAAGUUACGACUACGAAUUCGGAGAAGCGGGAGAGGAAUAUGUGCAGAGGGGAAACCUAAUGAUGGCAAGUAAAUCCUUUGAGGAUUUACAACAUUACGUGAUGUAUGAGUUUACUGUCUGUCCAAGGACAGUCGUUGGACCGGGUCCCUGCAUCUCUAUUCAGUCCAGAACGCUACCAAGUGAUGUUCGUGUAUCAGGAUUGGAGAUUGGCCUCAUUGUAGUUGUUGUAGCCGUGUUGCUGUAUGCUGUUGCUAUUACUUUCUUGCAUAUUCAGCUCAGCAAACAUUCUGGAUGUGACAUGCAUCAACUUCAGCCCCAUCUACGAUACCAGCUCCUCAGCAUCCUACGCCGCCAUCUUGAAUGGGGCUGA